AUGACAGUUGUCGCAAUCGAUGCCACCUACACAACUCCUUACAUCACUGAUGUCAUGGUCGUCGCGCCCAAUCAAACCACCGACGUUCUCAUCACCGCGAAUCAACAGACAGGAUCUUACUACAUGGCCGCCACUCCGUACAUGAGCGCGAACAUAAACUUUGAUAACACCACCACAAGAGGCAUCAUCGUCUACGAGAACUCCACGUCAUCAUCCCCGAUCAUGCCUGCCCUACCCAAUCCCGGCGACACGCCAACGGCCCACAAGUUCAACACCAAUAUCACCGGACUCGCUGGCGGGCCCCAGUGGGUCCCGGUCCCCACCAACGUGGACGAGCACAUGUUCGUGACCGUAGGAGUGAAUCUAGAGCUGUGUCCCGUAAAUGCCACGUGUCAAGGUCCAUUCAAUAACAAAUUGUCUGCGAGCAUGAACAACGAGUCAUUCCAGCUCCCGACCACUCUGUCUAUGAUGCAAGCACAAUUUUACAAUGUGAGCGGGAUCUACACCACUGAUUUCCCCGACCAGCCCGUGGUCAAGUUUGACUACACGGACUCAAACAUCAGCUUAGACCUAUCGCUGAUCUACGCGCCAAAAUCGACCACAGUCAAAACGUUGAAGUUCAAUUCAAUGGUGGAGAUCGUGCUUCAGAACACGGCGUUUUUGGCAAUCGAGAACCAUCCGAUACAUCUCCACGGUUUCAAUUUCCACGUGUUGGCUCAAGGGUUUGGAAAUUACGAUCCAAUCAACGAUCCCAAAAAGUUUAAUCUCGUUAACCCACAAAUACGUAACACAAUUGGUGUGCCGGUUGGAGGAUGGGCCGUGAUUAGAUUUACAGCAAAUAAUCCAGGUAUGUGGCUUAUGCACUGUCAUUUGGACGUGCAUUUGCCAUGGGGUCUGGCGAUGGUUUUUGAGGUUGAAAAUGGACCCACCCCAUGGGUUUUGUCUCCACCACCGGCGGAUCUACCCCAAUGUUAG